UAUCUUUAGACCAGUUUUCGCUAGGUGUCUUGCUAUUUAGCCCGACGUCCAAAAUAAUUUGGAGUGUAGAGUUAGGCUAAUCGAGCAAGCUCAAAGUUAGCCAGUUAGCUACCUAUAAACCUACCAACAAGUCCAGAACAUAGAAAGCAGCAAGCAAGCUAACCGUUAGUUUGACAGGCAGCACAUUUAACUAUCGACAUUCUUAUCACCAUACAGUGUUGUUGUCCUCCUUUGCAGUCUAAUAUUGUCUGGAAACUGAUGACGGAAGAUAUCAACAGCCAGCCACUAGUCUGUAAAUCCGAACACUCAGACCAAGGCCCCAGGAGUCAGUGAGUGUUCCGUUUGGCCUUCUGCGCAGCGCUCUCUGUCCCAGAAAGGGGAAAUGUCGAAUACAGCCAUGAAGAAAAAGGUGCUGCUGAUGGGGAAGAGUGGGUCGGGGAAGACCAGCAUGAGAUCAAUCAUCUUUGCUAACUACAUCGCUAGGGAUACACGAAGGCUUGGAGCCACUAUCGAUGUUGAACACUCCCAUGUGCGUUUCCUGGGAAACCUUGUGUUGAACCUAUGGGACUGUGGCGGGCAGGACACGUUCAUGGAAAACUACUUCACCAGCCAGCGGGACAACAUCUUCCGGAACGUGGAGGUGCUGAUCUACGUGUUCGAUGUGGAGAGCCGCGAGCUGGAGAAGGACAUGCACUACUACCAGUCCUGCCUGGAGGCCAUCCUGCAGAACUCCCCCGACGCCAAGGUCUUCUGCCUGGUGCACAAGAUGGACCUGGUGCAGGAGGACCAGAGAGACUUGAUCUUUAAAGAGCGCGAGGAGGAUCUGAAGAGGCUGUCUCGUCCCCUGGCCUGCACCUGCUUCCGGACCUCAAUCUGGGACGAGACCCUUUACAAGGUGAGUCCAUCCAUUUUAAGGUUGUUAAGUGGGUAUACGCAGGAAGGCUAUGUUCCUUUCUCCUUUUUCAAAGAAGUUUACCCAGCAGUAGGCAUUUAUCUAAAUACAAAAUAUUUUCUAGCCUACUGCUUUGUAUAUCUUCUGUAUAAAGUGAAAUUGUUUUCACAUUCAAACAAAUUAGGCCUACAGAAUACUUAGUUACUGUCCUAUAUAACAAAAAUAUAACAUAAAAACAGCUGGCUCUGUUGUCUUAUACGAUCAAACAUAGUUAUCCAUACCACAAGGUAAUAUUUAGAAAUUCAUAUGUUGGUCUAUCUUUGGUCAAUACAUAUAAAACCUAUUGAAAGAGCUAUAGAUUGUAUUUGGGUAAUAUAACACUGCAGGAAGUGGUAGUAAGUAGGCUACUAGAAUUAAGCUAAGUAGCAGAUCUGUAUUAAAGCUAUUUGUUCCGUCACUGAUGUGAUGUCUGCACAAUUGUGUCAAAAUGCGUGCUAAAUAUGGUCAAACAUGUAACUAUACCUGGCUAGCAUUACAAGACCCAAUGGAUUGUGUACAUGGAGUAUGUAUUGCCAGUAUCUGUAAGUUAACCUUUCAUUCACUGAGAUCUGUAGCGGUCGUGGUGGAAAGAUUUGUUUACAUUAACUGUUUUUGGCAAGAACCCUAAGGAGUGUGUGGGCUGUGUUAUAAUAUUACAACUGCAUAUCCCAGUGAAAUGGGUUUGAAUUCGUUUAAAUUCAUUAUGCUGACAUGCA